GGGCGGCUCCUUUACCGCCGCUGUUCCGCAGGCCCGGACUAGCGCGGCGCGGCAGGCGAGGGGCCCAGGCGCUGAGGGGCAGAGCGGGGCUCGGUUGGUCCCGCGUCUUUUCUUUCCUGCCGAGCAGCCCGGUGUGGUCCGUGUGGGGACGGUCACGGACCUCGCGUGGAGCGGGAUGGCCGGUUCCUGUCACGGCCCGGCGCUCCCCGGGUGGCGGAGAUGUCACUAGUAGAUUUGGGAAAGAAACUUUUAGAAGCUGCACGGGCAGGUCAAGAUGAUGAAGUUCGCAUUUUGAUGGCAAAUGGAGCACCUUUUACCACAGAUUGGUUGGGAACAUCUCCACUUCAUCUAGCAGCACAGUAUGGACACUACUCAACAACAGAAGUGUUGCUGCGAGCAGGUGUAAGUCGUGAUGCCAGAACCAAAGUGGACAGAACUCCAUUACAUAUGGCAGCAUCAGAAGGUCAUGCCAGCAUAGUAGAAGUCUUACUUAAGCAUGGUGCUGAUGUCAAUGCGAAGGACAUGCUCAAAAUGACUGCACUUCACUGGGCUACUGAACAUAACCACCAAGAAGUUGUUGAACUCUUAAUAAAGUAUGGAGCAGAUGUCCAUGCUCAGAGUAAAUUUUGCAAAACAGCAUUAGAUAUUGCAGUAGACAAUGGAAAUGAAGACCUCGCAGAAAUACUACAGAUUGCAAUGCAGAACCAAAUCAAUACGAAUCCGGAGAGCCCGGACACUGUGACGAUACACGCAGCAACACCGCAGUUCAUCAUUGGACCUGGAGGGGUGGUGAACCUAACAGAUGAAUCAGGAGUGUCAGCUGUACAGUUUGGGAAUUCAUCAACAUCAGUAUUAGCCACGUUGGCAGCUUUAGCAGAAGCAUCAGCUCCACUGUCUAAUUCUUCAGAGACACCAGUUGUGGCCACAGAAGAGGUUGUGACUGCAGAAUCUGUGGAUGGUGCUAUUCAGCAAGUAGUGAGUUCUGGAGGCCAGCAAGUGAUUACUAUAGUUACAGAUGGCAUUCAGCUUGGUAAUCUGCAUUCAAUUCCAACCAGUGGAAUAGGGCAACCAAUCAUUGUGACCAUGCCAGAUGGACAGCAAGUAUUAACAGUCCCAGCAACAGACAUUGCUGAAGAAACUGUGAUAAGUGAAGAACCACCAGUGAAGAGACAGUGCAUUGAGAUUGUUGAAAAUCGUGUGGAGUCUGCAGAAAUAGAAGAAAGAGAAACUCUUCAGAAACAGCUGGAUGAGGCAAACAGAGAAGCACAAAAGUAUCGUCAGCAGCUUCUAAAGAAGGAACAAGAAGCAGAAGCCUAUCGGCAGAAGUUAGAGGCAAUGAACCGCCUCCAGACUAAUAAAGAAGCUGUUUAAUAAAGCAUGAACAUACUGCAAAGCCUGUUAAUUUCAAAAACCUGCAGUACAAUCUUGAACUGUACACUGUAUAGGUACAGACCCAGGAUUACAUGGUAUAGAAGAUGCUACAAGUUGAUAACUGGACUUUAAGCCGUGAGCUCUGGUGGAUUUCUUGUAACAUAAAAAACUCUGAAUUUAGAAAUUGUGCAAAGUAUUUAAAAUGAAAUACUGUAAAUAGUUGUUUUUUUUACAGUUUCAAAAUGAGUUGAUAAAUCUUUUUGAAGGGAUCCAGAAACAUGAGAAGCCAAUGUUUUUGUGAAAUUUUUGAUUUUAGUAUGAAUCUAACUUCUGAAAAACAGAACAGUUUUAAGGGUGAUGUUGUUGAUUUAAGCUGACAACUUGAAAAUUAAUUAUGUGACAAAAUUAAUUAACAGCUAUUUCUACAUGAUAACAACUUAAAAUUCUCUGAAUAAGACAUUUCCUGGUGGAAAUCUUUGUACAGCUUUAAGUAGUUGUCUCAGAUUCUCUGAAAACCAUUUUUGGUUUUUUUUUAUUUUAGGCGGUGAAAUUUUUAUAUUUAAUUUCAGAUAUACCCAAGUAGAUUUACAUGUAUAUGAAGCUAAUAUUUUUUAAACUUUCAGUUUGUACAUAUGCUGCAUGUUUUUAUAAUUUCUACUCAUACAUCUUGCAUAGGUAUUUUUCAGCAAAGAUGAGAAAAAUGUUUAGCUUAUAGGUCACUUAAAGUAAGCUAGCAGCCAGUUUUACUGUAGAUGGUAUAUUUGCUGGAAGAAUGUAAUUUGUAACUAAAAAGAAGAAAAAAUCUCAAUUAACAUAUUAGAGACAAUUUAAAAUGUGGUAGUGGAGACACUGAAAGUUCACUUUCUGUCUUACAGUUUUCCUGUACAAAUAUUUUGAAGUUCAGUAAGGAACAGAAAAGAAUGUCUCCACUGAAACACAAAUAGUAGUUUUUUUAGACUAUUCCUGUUGAUCUCUUUUCCCCAAUAGCCUUGAAAUUAUUUCAGUGAUACAUUUUUUCUAAACAGACUUUUGCAUUUUAAUUAUGCAAUUGGACAAGUAAUUAUUUUUAAGUUGUAGUGAUGCUUUCCUUUCCUAGCAUCAUUGUUCUUCACUGUGAUACUGUAUCUGUGUGUGUCUGUGCAGUGAUCUAUUAUGCUUAGGAUUUAUAUAGCACGUUACAUCUUCAGAGCAUUAUAAAACCUUUCAGAGAACCCUUACUGUACUGCCUGAGGCAGGUAAGUGAGUGUUACUGUCUCGUUUUUAUAACUGGUAUAAAUGCAACACAAGGAGUGUUAAAUGAGUGGCCCAAGACCACGUGAAUCUGUGGUAGACCUGGGAAGAGAUCUCAGGAGUUCCUGGCUUCUAGUCCUGUGCUUAGACUGAGCUGCCUUAAGAUUGUUCAGUGCUAUGUUACAUUAAAUUUUGAACUACUGUGCGGAUUCCUUUUUUGUAAGAUAAAAGCUCUUUGUGCUUUGCUUUGAUGUUUCAUGUUUCACUGCUUUUAUGGAAUUGUUUAUAUAAACUUAAGCAAAAAGUCUAGUUUACCUAUACUGUACACUGAAGAAUUACCCUUAAAACUGUACUUUGGCCUACUUUUUCUAUUUUACAAUUAAAUAUCUUUUCCACA